UGAGUUCCGAUAUAUGACUUUAUGUACGCCGACACCAGCACGCCGGUCCAAUUGUCUAAUCUAAAUUAAUUUCUCCUUUAAAAAGGUCAAUAGUCCAUUCCCCAAGAUAAUGGCAAAGCUGGGGAUUCAUUGCAAUAGGGAGGGCAUUUUGAGGAAAGGCAGUUAUAUAUGAGAGUGGAAAAGAGUAAAUGAAGAAUCGUAGGAGGAUGCAGUUGGGAAAUUUGGUGGAGUCGAUCAAAUCGAAGGUGAGAUCUUUGAAGCCGAAGAAGGGAAAGAAGCCAUACAUGAAGAUGGACAAGAGUGCCAGCGUCAAGGUAGAGAUUCGCAGCAGAAAAGCCCGCAAGCUUAUAGAAAAGACCUUGAAGGCUGCUGAUAUUUCCAAUUAAUCUUACCUUCUUCUCUUCUCUUUUCAUAAAGAGUAACAACAUUCCUCCUCUUGCUUCGUUACUGGUUAGGCUCAAGAGGGUUUUUUUUUAUUAUUAGAUCCUCUUCCUCUAGACUCUCUCCGCCAGUCCUCUAAGCCGUUGCUUGUAAUAAAAGUUGGCAAAGUAAAAAUAAUUUCUCUAUAUAGUUCAUUUGCUUUAAAUGUAAAUAAUGCCACAAAUAAAUAAUAUUCUUUAUAUGUA